AAAAGAGACAAACAGAGGUGAAAUAUAAUCAGGUGUGUGAAAAUGGAGUUGAGAGCCGCUCUGCUCAAGAGUAUCUGGUAUGCCUUCACAUCACUGGACACUGAAGACAGUGGGAAAGUGUCCAAAUCACAGCUCAAGGUUCUUUCCCAUAAUCUUCACAGUGUUUUGAGGAUUCCUCAUGACCCCGAGGCUCUCGAGAGACACUUCAGUGAUGAUGAUGAUGGUCCAGUGUCCAGUCAGGGGUACAUGCCAUACCUCAACCAGUUCAUACUGGAUAAGGUGGUGGAGGGGACGUUUGUUAAAGAGGAAGUGGAUGAGCUGUGCUGGACUUUGUGCUCCAAGAAAAACUGCCGUCCCGACACACUCAGAGUUCUGACCAAUCGGGACGCUCUACGGCUCUGGUGUCUCUUCAACUUCUUGGCGGAGGACAACUAUCCUCUCGUGCUCAUGCCGGAUGAGGCGGAGUAUUUAUUGAGGAAGAUCAGCUCUGUGAUGACGGUGGAGUUGAACUGCAUUGAGAUGGAGGAGUUUCUGUCGCGGGACUGUGUUCAGAAGGACGGACUGAACGUCUGGAGUUUUCUGGAGCUGGUGAACUCGGCCGCAGUGAGUCAAGGAGCGGACAGAGAGAGCAUCAGUUUGGCUGUAGAACAGGUGUAUCGAGAGAUGGUCGGAAAUGUCCUUAAAGAGGGAUAUCUGUGGAAAAAAGGUCAUUUACGCAGGAACUGGACUGAGCGCUGGUUCUGUCUGAAGCCCGGUUCUCUCUCGUACUACGUGAAUGAGGAUGGGAAAGAGUGUAAAGGUGUCAUUGAAAUGGACCAGAACUGCUGUGUGGAGGUACUGUCAGACAGAGACGGGAAGAGAUGCAUGUUCUGUGUGAAGACGCUCAACAAAACCUUUGAGAUCAGCGCACCAGAUUCCAGACAGAGACAAGAGUGGAUUACAGCGCUCCAUACAGCGUUGCAACUGUCUAUGGAGGGAAGGAGCUCUCUGCACGAGGAGCUGAAGGAGCGUCGCCGUGAGCUGCGACAGGAGAGAGAGAGGAGGCGCGCGCUGCGGGCGGAGGAGACGCGCAGACUGCAGGAGCUGCAGGUAGAACGUGAAGAGCAGCUGGCAGAGCUGAAGCUCUUGAAGGAGGCGCAGAAGCAAGCUCGGGCUUCUCUAAAGCAGGAGGAGCAGAGGAGGCGCAGUCAGCAUGAGGAGCUGCAGAAAACCUUGCAGAGACAGCUGCAAGAGGCGCAGGAGGCGCGGACAAAUCUUUGUGCAGAGGUGGCGGUUCGUGAUCUAGAAGCUGAACAUCAGCGCAGGAGAAUUAAAGAGCUGGAAGAUCUUCAUCACAGACUGCAGGAAGCUCUAGAGCAACAGAUCAGAGCUCGACAAGAGGAAGAGUCGUACAGAUACACACAGACCAGACUGCUUGCUGAGGAGGAUGAGAAGGUGAAGUCACUGCUAUCACUGCAGGAGGAGCAGGAGGAACAGAUCCUUCAAACGCAGCGGGAGAAACAGGAGCUCAAGCUGGAGAUGGAGAGGAAGUCUCAGGCUCUCGACGAGGCCCAGCGACAACUCGAUAAAGUUCGGGCCAGUCAACGCAGAGUAGACCAGGAUAUCGCGGCCGCUCAGCGUAAACUCCGACAGGCCAGCACAAGUGUGAAACACUGGAACGUUCAAAUGAAUCGACUCCUGCACCCCAUCAGCCCUGGAGAGAGGAGAGUUUCCUCCAGUGGUCCCCUAGUCCCUACAGUCUGUGUUCCCUCCGUCAGUGAGACUGAAUCGAGAACUCCACAGAGACCCGAGAGAGACAUAGACAAACAGAACAGACUGGACUGUGACAAGAAAAGCAACAGAGAGAACAUAGACUGCAGCAACAACAGCAAGAAGACUGAACCACUUGACGCUGAUGCUGAAUAAACCUGACAUAGAGAUAAACAGACCUGCAAGGGAUGAGAAUAGGAAGAAAUUUAACAAUUCUGAUUUUAAUGGUUCCUGUUCCUUAGUGAGUCUAUUAACAGUUCUGUUUGUACUUAUGAGGAGGAGAUUUUUGGAAAAAAUAAAAUACAAUUCUUAUUGCAUUUACUGCACUGCCAAAUGAUGAGAUCAUUUUAGAUUUAACCAGAAUAGAUAAAACAAACCAGAAAUAAUUUCAAUACAGUUCUCGCAAAAGGUGUGUAUACACAGACUUUAACACAACUGUUGACUUUUAAAAGAAUUUUUAGAGAUGACAUAAAUGCAAUCCAAUAAUUGGUCCUAACUAUAUACUAAAUAAAAAUAUUACAAACAAAAAUGUGGCAACAUAUUUUAUUACUUCAUUAUUUUUUUGUAAAAUACCUCUGAUUACAACAAAUGUUUGUGUGUGUGUGUGUAUAUAUAUAUAUAUAACUCAGCAAAAAAAGAAACACCACUUUUUCAGGACACUGUAUUUUAAAGAUAAUUUUGUAAAAAUCCAAAUAACUUUACAGAUCUUUAUUGUAAAGGGUUAAACAAUGUUUAAACCAUGCUUGUUCAAUGAAACAUAAACAAUUAAUGAACAUGCACCUGUGGAACGGUUGUUAAGACACUAACAGCUUACAGACGGUAGGCAAUUAAGGUCACAGUUAUAAAAACUUAAGAGACCUUUCUACUGACUCUGAAAAACAUCAACAGAAAGAUGCCCAGGGUCCCUGCUCAUCUGUGUGAACGUGCCUUAGGCAUGCUGCAUGGAGGCAUGAGGACUGCAGAUGUGGCCAGGGCAAUAAAUUGCAAUGUCCGUACUGUGAGACACCUAAGACAGCGCUACAGGGAGACAGGAAGGACAGCUGAUUGUCCUCGCAGUGGCAGACCAUGUGUAACAACACCUGCACAGGAUCGGUACAUCCGAAUAUCACACCUGUGGGACAGGUACAGGAUGGCAACAACAACUGCCCGAGUUACACCAGGAACGCACAAUCCCUCCAUCAGUGUUCAGACUGUCCGCAAUAGGCUGAGAGAGGCUGGACUGAGGGCUUGUAGGUCUGUUGUAAGGCAGGUCUUUACCAGACAUCACCGGCAACAACGUCACCUAUGGGCACAAACCCACCUUCGCUGGACCAGACAGGACUAGCAAAAAGUGCUCUUCACUGACUAGUCGCGGUUUUGUCUCAUCAGGGGUGAUGGUCGGACUCGCGUUUAUCGUCGAAGGAAUGAGCGUUACAACGAGGCCUGUACUCUGGAGCGGGAUCGAUUUGGAGGUGGAAGGUCUGUCAUGGUCUGGGGCGGUGUGUCACAGCAUCAUCGGACUGAGCUUGUUGUCAUUGCAGGCAAUCCCAAUGCUGUGUGUUACAGGAAAGACAUCCUCCUCCCUCAUGUGGUACCCUUCCUGCAGGCUCAUCCUGACAUGACCCUCCAGCAUGACAAUGCCACCAGCCAUACUGCUCAUUCUGUGUGUGAUUUCCUGCAAGACAGGAAUGUCAGUGUUCUGCCAUAGCCAGCGAAGAGCCCGGAUCUCAAUCCCAUUGAGCACAUCUGGGACCUGUUGGAUCGGAGGGUGAGGGCUAGGGCCAUUCCCCCCAGAAAUGUCCAGGAACUUGCAAGUGCCUUGGUGGAAGAGUGGGGUAACAUCUCACAGCAAGAACUGGCAAAUCUGGUGCAGUCCAUGAGGAGGAGAUGCACUGCAGUACUUAAUGCAGCUGGUGGCCACACCAGAUACUGACUGUUACUUUUGAUUUUGACUUUGUUCAGGGACACAUUAUUCCAUUUCUGUU